AUGACAACGAUAGAACAUUUCGAUUUUCAAUCCAAAGACACUGUUUGCAGCGAUGAACAUCGCCAUCUUAUGUCAUUGUUGACCAGAAAGUCGGAACGAUUUCAAGAGAUUAGCAAGUUUCAUUCUGUUCAAAAUGUAAGGGUUCUUUAUCUAGUAGAAUAUAUUAUAAGGCUCGGCCGAAGCCCGGCUCCAGUCCGGGCCGCACUGGGCAAUUUUGAAAGAAGCCAAGUUGGCACAUGUCGGCCCAAAGGGCCGCGGCCAAAAUCAAAGCCGUAGAGGCUCAGCUUAGGUUCCGCAACGAAUUUUAUUUGCAAAAAGCGUAAAUGGAAUUUAAUCUUGUUAUUUUUGUUUACUUAAAAAAGAAUCAAUAAACUUAUAUAUUAAUAAAACUAAAUUUUAGGUAUCAAAAACCCAAUUAGACGAUGAAGACAGUUUCAUGUCGGUAGUCUACAAAAUUACCGUGACAUUCAGCAACGAUAUGUCAGUCGAAUAUUGUUUGAAAGUGCCGACUUGUGACAAAAUGAGUCAUCUUGGUGUAAGUGCUCUACUACCUACGUUUUGGGUUUUUAGAGCUUCUGGUAAAACACAAUGGUUUUAUUCUAAUUAAAAAAAAUCAACUUUUUGUAAAACAUUUGAUUGUAACUAAUGAUAGCGAAAAUUUUUUUUAAAUUUUUGUUACAUGUCAUUCACUUGAUAUAACAUGAAAACAAGUAAACACAUUUUGAAACAGAAAACUUUUUUUUUCGUAAUUACAAAAAGUGUCAUUAUCAGUAGGUUUCUAUUACUUCAAACAUUGCAAAACGACAAUGAUAAGGCUUAAAUUUAAUUUUUUUGUUUCUUUGUUUGUUUGGUCUGAUAAUUUGUCAUAAGUAGACCUAAAAAGGGGUUCAUUCGGCUCCCGGCUUUGGCCUCAAAUUUGUGAGAGGCCGGGCCGAGACAUUUGAGCCCAAGGGCCUAUAGAGGCCCCUUUAUAGGUAUAAUCAUAACAAUAAAAAAUUUUAUUUAAAAAAAAUUUUAACUUUAUGUCGUAGUUUAAAAAAAAUACUUUUUUUUAAUUUUUGAACAAUUAUAAACUUUUGUUUUAGAAAAACGAGUUCUACCCGAUCCUGUGUCUCAUUCACAACAAAGAAUGCGAUUUUUAUGAAAAAUUUCAAAAAAUCGACAAUCUUAAUUUGCCGAAGACGUAUGCCAUUAAAAGAUUGACUCCAGAAGACCACAAUGGUUUUAUUCUGAUGGAAUUCGUAAAAGGUCGUUGUGUACCAGUCGAAGAGUCGCUAAAUCUACAACAACUUCUAAAUGCUGCUGAUCAAAUGGCAUUAGUACUAAAUUACAGUAUCAACGAUAAAGAAAAUACGGAGGAUCCAGAGUAUCAACAGUAUAAUAUUGCCGGCAGCGAUGCUGAAAGCUUUAAGAGUAUGAAGAAGCCUAUCAUGGAGUAUGUUGGCAGUACUGAAGGUGGGUUUGGAGGUCGUUUUACCGGCGUUAGGCGGACUUUCUUUUACUCUUUUCCUUAACAGUUUUGGGCUAAAAUUACCUGCACUAUUGAUAACUCACAACAUAUUUAUAUUUUAUUGAUAACUGUGCUUUCAGAAACUAAAAAUUUGAAAAAUCUCAUCAAAAAGCUGGGCCGAAUCUUAGAAGACCCGGAUUACAUCGACUUUAUAGUGGCAAAAGCACAUUUACAGUAUGGUAAGUUCAAAAAUCGUAUUUAUGUUUCAAAUAUAACAUUUAUACUGUAAUUUUAAUCUUUAAAAAUAAUUAUUUUUCGUUUUACAGAAGUCCCAAGUCUAUUAUGUCAUGGAGAUCUCUGGAGCAAUAACCUCUUCUUUGAUGGUGAUGCUGUCAAAGCUAUAAUUGAUUGGCAAAGCUUUAGUGCAGGUGAGAAUGUAAACAUUUCUGUCAUUAUAUAUUGUUUUAUCAAAUUUUUUUUAAUUUUCUUAUAGUAGGUUUAAUUUUUCAGGAAACCCCACCCAAGACCUAGUCCGUCUUCUGAUCCUCAAUUGUUCUCCAGAAAUCCGUCGAAAUCACGAUGAAACCGUCUACAGACGUUGUUACGACACAUUGACUAAACUCCAAGGAAAACCUUUAUCAUUCACUUUUGAAAACUUUUUGAGGUCAGCCCGAGUUCAUUACUUGUAUCAAAUCUACCUUGGUUUAUAUAUAUUGACUCACAAGUACAGUAAGACUAGUAAAGAGCUUCAACGGAAAGUAUUUAUCGACCGAAUGGAACAGGGUAUUAUCGACAGUUUGGCGUUGAUAGAGAGUGAUGAGCAGCUGAGGGCGUUUAUGUAA